AUGUCAGCAGCAGACGUACCUGCAUUAUUUGAGAGACUUCUACAGCAACUGAAACCACCGACGACCUCACAACCUCCUCCUUCUUUCUCCUACCUCAUGCCCAAGCCAGAGUCAAAGCAACCAAAGCAACCAAAGCAGCCAACCAUGGGAAAAGGUCACAAGUACCAAAGAAGCUCAAGCGGCGCACCAUUCGGCUCUUCUCACAGGAAGAGGAGCUUCGCAUCAAGGAACACGUCAAAUUCCUACAACCCGCAGCUAGAGUUGGGUCACUUCGAUGGGCGCCCCAACACGCGUUAUGGCUUUGGUCCUCAAGAUCCUACUCACGCUCUUCCUCUUCUACCUCCUCCUCAUCAUCAUCCGCAUCAUCCUCAGCGUCCUCCUCACCCUCCUCCUCCUUUCUGGGGCUGGAAUGCUCGUCAGAGCCGACCCGCUGGUCAUUAUGCAGGCAGCCCGCCGCUGAGACCGUUUACUACUACUCCUCCGGCCAUGCCUUACGACUUUCUGCCUCCCCAGCAGUUUUACCCUCCGGUUCCGUAUGCGGUAGAACGAGGAUUUGGAGGGCCUUUCAGAAGGUCGGCAGACCAUGAAUACCAUGAAUAUCAGAAUAGACUGUUUCUGGACGAGUACCGGUUUCCCAGUCCUCAUCAGGCCUACCAGCCACCUCAUGUCGAGAUCGGCAUUCAUACACCACUUAUGAAUCCGUGGAGAGGAGAGAAUCCGUACGAAUUGGAAGGAAAGCCUUUAAUUCAAGGCAUUCAGCUCCGUGGAGAUGCGCCGGAGUUUGUACCAGGCGGAAAACCUGCUCCCGGCGAGGAAUCGGUAUCGAAGCCGAAGGAGCCCUGCUGGCUUGUUGUUAGUAGCUCUUGA